UCUCAAAAAAAAAAAAAAAAAUUUUUUUUAAAAACACUGUUGGCCAGGCAUAGUGGCUCAUGCCUGUGAUCCCAGCACUUUGGGAGGCUGAGUCAGGAGGAUUUCUUCAUCCCAGGAGUUCAAGACCAACCUGUGCAACAUGGCAAAAUCCCAUCUCUACAAGAAAAAGUAUAAAACUUAGCAGGGUAUGGUGGUGCACACCUGUAGUCUUAGCUAGUAAGGAGCCUGAGGCAAGAGGAUGGCUUGAGCCUGGGAGGCUGAGGCUGCAGUGAGCCGUGGCUAUGCCACUGCACUCCAGCCUGGGCAGAAGAGUGAGCCCUGUCUCCCAAAACAAACAAGCAAAAAAAAAAAAAAGACCCUACCAGAUAAAACAAAAACAAAUUCUCUAUGCAAAGGGUACAGAGAAAGCAAGGUGUGCUGUGUUUUUCAUAAGGAGAAUUACAAAAAAACUCGAGAAUGCAGUUUUGUUAAAGGAAAAGUAAUUUUGUCUAGUUUACAGAUUAUUCAAAAAUUGUUUUAAAUUGAAAAAAAUGAUAAAUAAAGCAAUAGAUAUAGAAAGUUGGAGAAAGCAAAUCAAAAACGUUUUUGUAAGACGUUAUAAAAGGUUUAUGGGCCGGGCGCGGUGGCACGUGCCUGUAGUCCCAGCUACUCGGGAGGCUGAGGCUGGAGGAUCGCUUGAGCCCAGGAGUCCUGGGCUGUAGUGCACUAUGCUGAUCGGGUGUCCGCACUAAGUUUGGCAUCAAUAUAGGGACCUCCAGGGAGCAAGGGACCAUCAGGUUGCCUAAGGAGGGGUGAACCGGCCCAGGUCGGAAACAGAGCAGGUCAAAACUCCCGUGCUGAUCAGUAGUGGGAUCGCGCCUGUGAAUAGCCACUGCACUCCAGCCAGGGCAACAGAGAGAGACCCCAUCUCUUUAAAAAAAAAAAAAAAUCGUUUAUGGAAAUCUUGUGUGGUCGAAGCUGAGUAAGAUUGGAUGGAUAUAUUUUUGUUUUGUUUUGUUUGAGACAGGAGUUUUGCUCUGUUGUCCAGGCUGGGUGGUGCGAUCUCAGCCCACUGCAACCUCCGCCUCCCGGGUUCAAGCAAUUCUCCUGCCUCAGCCUCACAAGUAGUUUGGAUUACAGGCACCCAGUCAUGCCCGGCUAAAUUUUUGUAUUUUUAAGAGAGACAAGGUUUUGCCAUGUUGACCAGGCUGGUCUCAAACUGCUGACCUCAAGUGAUCUGCCUGCCAUGGCCUUCCAAAGUGCUGGGAUUACAGGCAUGAGCCACCUCGUCCAGCCUGGACAGAUCUACUUUUUCAUUUUUAUUUAUUUAUUUAUUUAUUGAGACAGAGUCUUUCUCUAUCGCCAGGCUGGAGUGCAGUGGCGCGAUCCUGGCUCACUGCAACUUCUGUUUUCUGGUUUCAAGCAAUUCUCCUGCCUCAGCCUCCCCAGUAGCUGGGACUACAGGCACACACCACCAUGCCCAGCUAAUUUUUUCUACUUUUAGUGGAGGCGGGGUUUCACCAUGUUGGCCAGGAUGGUCUCAAUCUCUUCACCUCAUGAUCCGCCCACCUCGGCCUUCCAGAGUGCGGGCAUGAGCCACGGCACCCGGCCUAAGAUCUAUUUUUAAACUGUUGUUAAAAUGAGCUUUAGCCAGGAGCAGUGGCUCACACCUGUAAUCCCAGCACUUUGGGAGACCAAGGUGGGCCAAUCGCCUAAGGUCAGGAGUUCACAGCAGACUGGCCAACAUGGAAAAACCUUGUCUCUACUAAAACCAAAAAUUAGCCAGAUAUGGUGGAAGGCACCUGUAGUCCCAGCUACUCUGGAGGCUGAGGCAGGAGAAUCACUUGAACCUGGGAGGUGGAGGUUGCAGUGAGCCGAGAUUGUGCCGUUGCACUCCCACCUGGGCAACAAGAGCAAAACUUCAUAACAAAAAAUAAAAUAAAAUUAGUUUUAACAUUAAUAAUAUACUGAUGCAAAGGUAGAAUUUGUUUUCUUUUGAACAAGAUUUUCACAUGGUGUUAAGAAAUAGUAAAUUUUUUCUUCACCUUUUCAGUAAACUGCCACACAAAAAAAGAGGGUCAGAACCUGUCUCUUACUGUCUGUAUUAGGUCUUUUGAUUGCUUGGAAACCUGAAUCUCUUCUCUAUCAAAAAGUAAAGAUUUUGCUUUCUGAAAUCUUUUCAUUGUCCUUUUGGCUAAAUGAAUGGCUAUUAUUUUACAGUGACCUGUGCUUCUAUUUUGAUCAAGUGUUUUAAACUUUCUUAUUUUGAUAUCAAAUGUUUUACACCUUUUAUAUUUGACAAACUUCCCAAAAUCAAAUUUCAAAUUCUAAAUGCCAUUGGGUUUUGACCUCUAACUACCUUUUAGACUUUCCAGUAGGGCCCUCCUAUCCCCUCCCUGUUACCUCACUGUCUGUGACAGAGAAGAGGUCUGAAGAUGCGCCCGUCUGGGGGCACGUCUGCCAGGACCUCUUGUCCAGCAAAAGGGUUCCAACCUGGAUAGGGAGGUGCGCGGAAGAUAAAGAUGAUAGACAGCCGGGGUCUGGAGGGUUGAGAAGUCUGUGCUUCACCAACAGCUUUACUUAGCUCAGGGUCAGUUUAUACACAUUCUUGAAAGUUCGCUUAUGUCAGUUCAAUACAUUGUUCUGUGAGAUCAAGGGGAACAGAAAGUUUUACAGUGAAACUACAAGUUACAACAUAAAUCAGGUGGUUACAGUAGAAAGAUCAGAUACACAAUGGAACCCAGCAGGUGGGUCUUCCUAUCUACUUAAUAGACGCUCAGAUUCAUGAUCUCACUACACAGAAGUUUCUUUUAAGCUAUGACAGUCAAUCAUUACUGUCCGGACAGAGCAAAGAAGAAUAUGCUUGUGAAAAUGAACACACUGCUGCACAUGGCUGCUAACCGUUAGGUCACGGUGCACCUCAGGACUGCGUGGCCGUCUAGUGAUUGUCUGCAGUAGUUUAUCUUCAACCCAAAGCCUCUUUUAGAUCCUGCUUUUCUUAGCUCGACUUCCUUCAACUGGAGACUGUGCGUCUGGGCUCAAACUCACCGCAAGGUGAGACCCAAUUUAUUAGGGGUCUCACACGGGAGCGGUCCCCACACGCCCGCACUUGAAAAGCCUUUCCACCAGAUGGUGCCUGCCUCCCGGGCUCAUUCGGGUUCCAGAGAGGAUCCUUUACUUAUUAAUUAAUCAUUAAUUAAGACAAGUUAACUUCUGCCUCCUGGGUCCAUUCUUUUUCCCUAGUAGCCAUUUGCUGCCCCUCAGAAGAAUUGUCUGCAUUCCCCACCUCCUCCCUCCCCUAGGAAUAAGGGGGUUUACGCUUCUGUACCCCAUUGCGGGGUUGUGGUAAUCAAGGCACGCCAUGAAGUCUCCCUCACCCACAUUAAUACAUUUAUAUACCUGUUCUCCUAUUAAUUUGUCUCUUGUCAUUUGCUUUUCAGCAAACCUUCAGAGGGUGGAAGGCACACUUCCCCUUCCAAAGGGACAUUCAAAGCAUAGCAAAUCUUAAGGAGGUGAUGCUACCAGGAGACUCAGAGGUCCUCCCUCGGGAUCCAGGCCAAUGCUUGGAGGAGCUGAUGGAUGGAUGGAACACAGCUGUGUAAAAUAAAAUCACAUCGGCCGGGCGAGGUGGCUCACACCUAUGAUCCCAGCACUUUGGGAGGCUGAGAGCAGUAAGAUAAGAGGCCACAGGAGGAGAGAGGCCACCCUGGCAAUGUCAGCUAACAGCUUAUCUUCACCAGCAAGGCACGAGAGGAGACCAGGAGCAGCCUCCCCAUCACCACCCAGCUCAAUGCAGAUUCCACUUCUUUCUCCUCUCUGUAUUUAUCUUAUGUAAAGUGCAGUUUUACUCAGCUCCAGAAGAAUAGAUACUGGAUCCUUCCCCUACCUCCGCCUUUUCACAUGCAACCUGUGGAUUCAGUAAAUGCUCACCAAAACCUCAAAAGAAUGUGACCAUGCCCUCCAUACCCUUCCUCUCUUUUUUUUUUUUUUUUCUCCGAUGGUGGUUCUGUCAGUCUUGGAAAUAGACAUUCAGUGCCACAAAGAAAAAUCAGCACUGAGACAGAGGGUCUUUUAGCCACUCAGUUUUUACUUCCUGGACUGCAGGAAGGGUACCCUCGCUAACCAUCUUGCCACAGGAGGACAAUGAACAAAGGAAAACACACAAAUUUAUCCCUUAUACAUUUGGGGUCGUCCUUACUGCUGUGUCUGCUCUCUGUUGGCUGGAGCCAGACCUCACAAUCUAAACUAAAACCCGACUGGCUAAUAACUUUAAACUUUUCUUUCUUUUUUUUUUUUCUUUUUUGAGAUGGAGUUUUGCUCUUGUUACCCAGGCUGGAGUGCAAUGGCACGAUCUCGGCUUACCACAACCUCCGCCUCCUGGGUUCAAGCAAUUCUCCUGCCUCAGCCUCCCGAGUAGCUGGGACUACAGGUGCGCACCACCAUGCCCAGCUAAUUUUUGUAUUUUUAGUAGAGAUGGGGUUUCACCUUGUUGACCAGGAUGGUCAAGAGAUCAAGACCUCAUGAUCCACCUGUCUUGGCCUCCCAAAGUGCUGGGAUUAUAGGCAUGAGCCACUGUGCCCGGCCAAAGAGAAACUUUUUUACGUACAGUUGGGAGGCUGAAAGGCGAUGGCACGAUCUUGGCUCACUGCAACCUCCGCCUCCUGGGUUCAAGCAAUUCUCCUGCCUCAGCCUCCCGAGUAGCUGGGACUACAGGUACCUGGCACCACACCCAGUUAAUUUUUGUAUUUUUAGUAGAAAUAGGGUUUCACCAUGUUGGCCAGGCUUGUCUCAAACUCCCAACCUCAAUGAUCUGCCCCCCUUGGCCUCCAAAAGCGCUGGGAUUACAGGUGUGAACCACUGUGCCCAGCCUUGCACUUUUUCUUUUUAAUUUUUAAUUUUUUUAUUUUUUGUUGUAGAGACAGGGUUUUGUUAUAUUGCCCAGGCCAGUCUUGAACUCCCAGCCUCAAGCAAUCCCCCCACCUCAGCCUCCCAAAGUGCUGGAAUUACAGACGAGAGCCACCACACCCAGCCUCGUAGCUCACAUGUUGAUGUAAAAAGCCAAAUUCCACCUCAUUUUAAGGCUAGAGCUCCACCCCAAAGUGAACAUGGAAUAUGUAUGUUACGAGCAUGUUUACCCAUUGCACAUACACUCAACCCCCCUUAUGAACAGAUACAGCUCUUCCUCCAAACCUGCUGAAUCCGUGUGACUCUCUGUGUGACAGAGGCCCCACAAGGCAUCAGCCCCACCUGCCCCUUCCCUCUUGGAAGACAGCAAACCUUCAGUCCACACCAGAGAGGAUCUCUUCCUGAUUUGCAAGCUGAUCUCACCAAUCCAGCUAUACUUCCUGCUAUCUGCCCGUCCUGGUGGCCUUUGGAACGAUGAGCCGCUAGCCUCAAGCUGACUCCCAAGGGCAGAAUUAUUCAGGAACAACAGUGUCUCUGAGACCUCUGGUUACGAAGAAGGCCGUCCACAGGGAGAGGACCAAACCAAGCAACGGCCGAAACCAGGUGCAGAGUGUGGAGGUUGCAUUGUGCCGCUGCAUGUCACUGGCUUCCUGGGGAGCCUUUAGGGACAGGGAUUCUAGCAGUAACUGAUUUGGGAGCAGUGUCUUCAGUUUCAAAUGGCGCAGGGUGGAAGAGUGUGUUUGGCUGACACAGCACCUGCAGCUCACUGUGAGACAAUCAUGGGGAGCUGUACCUGAUUCAGACACGCAGAAGGUGACUCCCGAGGGGACAGCUGGACUGCUGGACUGGGUGAAAGUCCCUGUAGGAUCUGUGUGCCCUGAGAAGGGAGACUGUUCCUUUCACCCUCUAAGUGCCAAGUUGAAUGUCCCAGAUGGAGUAGCUGAUCAGAUUUGUACACAAGCCAUUUGAUGCCAGCUGUGUGAUGAACAGAAUAUGUUUCUACUGGACAAGCGCAUCGCCCACGUCAUGGAAGAUGCCCUGUGUAAGGGGCACGUUCUGCAUGGGCACCUCAUGUGACCUCAGUGCUGUAAAAUCCAGCAACAGUCCAAGAAAUGUUAUCAAAUUUGCUCUCAGUUUCACCUUGGGGGUCUUACAGAUAAUAAUAAAAACAAAUUAAUUAAUAAAGGGAAAGGCAGAGGGGAGAAGAGUCAAAAUGAAGAGGGAGACCCAGGCAUCUCAGAUCAACCCCCCCUUUUCAUUCCUAAGACUGUAAACUAAAACUCUUUUCAUAUGUAAUUCCUGAGCCUGUAAACCAAGACCCUUUUCAUAUGUUAAGCUAUAAACCUAAGAUUCUUCCACACGUAACAUCUAAAGUACAAGCCUUAUAUAAAGACGGAACCAUCCUUUGUUAGGGGAGCUUGGCUGUUAGGCAACUAUGCCACCUUGCUCCCAGCCAAAUAAACUCCUUCCUCCUGUAUUCAGUGUCCGAGAGAUCUGUUUCCCGUGGCCACUCCUGCUACAAAAAACUCAAAGAUAAAGGUUAUUAAGAAAUUAAGUAGCCAGGUACAAUGGCUCAUGUCUGUAACUCCAGCAGUUUGGGAGGCCGAGGCAGGAGGAUGGCUUGAGCCCAGGAGUUCAAGACCAGCCUGGGGAAUAUAGGAAGACCCCAUCUCUACAAAAAAAUGUAGAUUAAAAAACAUCAGCCAGGCAUGGUGGCAGGAAUGCACCUGUAGUCUCAGCUACUCAGGAGGCUGAGGCAAUAGACUUGCUUGAGCCCAGGAGGUCAAGUCUGUGCAGUGAGCCAUGAUUGCACCACUGGACUCCAGCCUGGGUGACAGAGUGAGAGAGACCUUGUCUCCAAAAAAAAAAAGAUACUGUAAUCUCAGCACUUUGGGAGGCUGAGGCGGGCAGAUCACAUGAGGUCAGGAGUUUGAGACCAGCCUGGCCAACAUGGUGAAACCCCAUCUCUACUAAAAACACAGAAAAGCGCUGCAUGCCGGAACAUGGCACAGGGACAGUGCAAGUUCCAGGCACACAAGCCAGCAAAGAGCAAGACGGCAGCGGUGGCCUCUGAAAAGAAUCGGGGCCCGAGGAAAGGCGGUCGUGUUAUCACUCCCAAGAAGGCGCGUGUCGUGCGGCAGCAGAAGCUUGGGAAGUGUCUAACUGUUGCCCAAGCUGGAGUGCAUCGGGAUCUGAAGACCGAACAGAAUGUGAGGACGAAAGCCAGCAGCAGCCUGCCCAAGAAGCUGGCACUGCUGAAGGACCCGGCCAAGAAGAACAGGGCAGCUGCCACCGCCUCCUCCAACAAGGGACCUUCCUGAGGACGCUGGCCCAGUGCAGGCCAACACCCUACCCCCCACCUUUAUGAUGAGACAUUGCAGUGAUCCCACAAGCUGCAGUCUCAGGAAGAGGACCCUGUCCCCCAGCUCUGGGCCUCACCUAGAACUUCAGUGGGGCCUGGCCCAUGGGCAGACGAUCAGCAGAUCUUAGCGUACUGAGAACUGUCCCCAUGCCCCUUCCCAGGUCCUGCCUCCACAGGUUUAACCCAGAGUAAUAAACCUGGCUUUGUUAUUAAAA